AUGUCCGCCAACUCUCUGAACAAGAUCGCGCCCAACAGCCCGUCGAGGCAGAACCCCUCUGAGAUCGAGACCAGCAUCGCCAGCGCGUUGACUGACCUCGAGAACAAUGUCCCCGACCUGAAGGCUUCUCUGCGCCCUCUCCAGUUCGUCUCUGCUCGCGAGAUCGAGGUUGGCCACGGACGCAAGGCUAUUGUCAUCUUCGUCCCUGUUCCCCUUCUGUCCGGAUGGCACAAGGCCCAGCAGCGUCUCACCCGUGAGCUCGAGAAGAAGUUCUCUGACCGCCACGUCCUGAUCGUUGCUUCCCGCCGCAUUCUCCCCCGCCCCAAGCGCUCCAACCGCUCGCGCACCAACCAGACCCAGAAGCGUCCCCAGUCCCGGACUCUCACCGCUGUCCACGACGCCAUCCUGACCGACCUCGUCUUCCCCGUCGAGAUUGUCGGCAAGCGUCUCCGUACCCGUGAGGACGGCAGCAAGAUCCUCAAGGUUGUCCUUGACGAGAAGGAGCGCGGUGGUGUUGACUACAGGCUCGACACCUACAGCGAGGUCUACAAGCGCCUCACUGGCAAGGGCGUCAACUUCGAGUUCCCCCAGAGCCAGCAGACCGACUACUAG